AUGCAAGUCAUCAAGUUCUUCACGUCAAUCCUCGCUGUCGCGAGCGUCGCAAUAGCUGCACCGGUCGCACCAUACAAAAAUCAAACCAAGUCGGCCCUGUCUACCACAGAAGACACCAGCAGCAGCAUCAUCACUGCCAGCGCCACUGCCAGCGCCGCCAUCAACAAUGAUGACGCCGCAUUUGAAUUCUUCGGAAUAUCGGCACCCAUCCCCCUCCUGAACAUAACAAAUCUACACAUGGAGGCGGCCGCUGAAACCAAGGAAGACAAUUCCCUUGAGCAGCACAAUGCCAACAGACUGCACAUGGCGGUGGCAGCAACAUUAGAGGAGGGACGGCCAGGCAAAAUCCCUUACAGGCGGUUCCCACAAUGUUACAUUGACUGCUUCGACUCAGAGGGCAUCGAUUCCAAAACGUGGCCCGCCAUUGGGGAUAUUCGUGAUCUUACAACACACGAAUUCUGCUACUCCCAACACAUGUGGGUGGCAAACUGGUUCCUUGAGCAUCUGCAAUUCUGCGUUGGCGCAUGUGUGAUGGGAUUGACCCCAUGA